CACUUCCCGAGGAAAUCUUCUCAUAUGCUCUUCUUUCUUCCAUGUUUCUAGCCAUGGCUCCCAAAUUCUCCUCCUUAUUUCAACUAAAUAAUAAGUUUAUAGUCUUAUUAGGGUUAUUUUCACUUUUUAUGGGCAUUACAUCUGCUCAGUUGUCCUCAAACUUUUACAGCAGAACAUGCCCUCGAGCACUUUCCAUAAUCCAACCAAUAGUUAAUGCUGCCGUGGCAAAUGAUUCUCGCAUGGGAGCAUCCUUGCUUCGUCUCCAGUUCCAUGAUUGCUUUGUUGAUGCAAGGAUGUGAUGGUUCCGUACUGUUGGACGACACAGCAAAUUUCACCGGAGAAAAAACGGCAUUACCAAACUUCCAAUCACUCAGAGGAUUUGAUGUAAUUGAUAAUAUUAAAGCUGCGCUCGAGAAGGCCUGCCCCGGUGUUGUUUCUUGUGCUGACAUCGUAGUUGCUGCUGCUCAAUACGGUGUUCUUGCUUUAGGCGGACCUUCAUGGAAUUUCCUUCUGGGUAGAAGAGAUUCAACCACAGCAAACUUAACUGCCGCCAAUAUGGACAUUCCUUCCCCAUUUUUGAAUCUCUCCGGUCUCAUCGCUUCCUUCGCUAAUAAGGGUUUCACUACUCAAGAAAUGGUGACUCUUUCAGGUGCUCACACAAUUGGCCAAGCUAGGUGCAUUCUUUUCCGCAACCGAAUCUAUAAUGAGACCAACAUCAAUCCUAUCUUUGCUGCAAUACGGAGGACAACCUGUACUACGGACACAGCAACGGACAACAAUCUUGCUCCCCUAGAUAUCACAACUCCUAUUAUUUUUGACAAUAAAUACUACUCGAAUUUGUUGCUCCAAGAGGGACUACUGCAUUCCGAUCAGCAGCUUUUCAAUGCUACAGGAGGGUCAACGAACUCCCAAGUUCUAGGUUAUACCUUGAAUCCGAUAGCUUUCAGGACGGAUUUCGCGAGUGCCAUGGUGAAGAUGGGGAACCUCAGCGUACUCACGGGCACAAAUGGGCAAAUUAGGCUGAACUGCAGGAAAGUGAAUUCUUAAUUUCAGUUACCAUUUGGUGGCAGUGAGUUGUGAGCGCGCGCCAUUUUAAUUACUAGAAUAAGGCAGUAUGUACGUUCGUGGAUUAAUAUCAAUGUACCCACAUUAAGAUGAGUGUGUGCGGCUGUAUCACACUAAAAGAAAUUAGCGCCUAUAUAUGAUAAUGAAUAAUUGCAACUAAA